UAACCUUGUGAGGCCAUGCGCGUUUUUUUUUUUUACCACACGUGGACCAGCAUUGCCUCAGACACACAACCUCCAAGCUCGCUCAGCCAAGCGCUUAGUUUUCGGCUGUCCGCUGCCCAGACUACAGUCACUCUCCGGUCCUGUUCCUCCAGGAAUUGCAGCCAAAUAAAACCAUCUUUCCUGUCUCACUGCAGAACAAUGCUUUGGCUGGGAACAAUAUUGCUGUUUGUCUACACGGCCGAAGGACAGAUCGGCCCUUCCUGCGUCUCGCUGGGCGGUUCAGACGGCAGCUGUGGAUCGCAGGCUGAGUGUCCUUCUUACCUGAGUCUUGUCAGCCAGAGGGACGAGCCUUCUGUGCAGCCCUUCUUCAGCACGCCGUUGGGAGAGCAGUUGCUGAACUACGUCUCGAGAUGCUGCCCUUCGAAGCCUCUCAUUCCAACCGAGGAAGAGUGCGGCUUCUCUGAGCCUACUGGUCCUCAGAACGAUCUUAAGAGGCGUGGCGCAUGGCCGUGGUUUGCUGCCAUUGGAAAACCUUUCGAAAACACCUUUCUUACAAUUUGUGGCGGAUCCCUCAUCACACGUCGCCAUGUUCUCACAGGAGCUCAUUGCUUAUCUGGAGAGAGUGGUAUAAGCCCGUACUACGUUCGUCUCGGUGACUUCGACCUGAGCCGCACGGACGAGGCUUCUCACGUCGAUCUGGUCGUCGUGAACCACACUAACCCGGGGUAUAGUACAACGACUCACAGAGACGACAUAUCCAUCUUGACUCUGGAAAGGGACGUUGAAUUCAAUGACUUCAUUCGGCCGGUUUGCCUUCCUUUCAACUACCGGAGCGAGGAAUUUCUGAAACAACGUCUUGUUGUUGUUGGCUACGGCCGCACUGCCCUCGAUGGCGAGGCAUCGAAAGUACCAAUUUCAAUAGUGCUUUCCGUGGUCGAUCUGGGCACGUGUCAGUCCACGUUUGACCGCCUGGGAACCAAAUUCACCCUCACAGACUCGCAGAUGUGUGCAAGCAGCGCAACAGAAGCCUUCUGUGGCGGUGACGGCGGCGGGCCUCUCAACUACUUCGACGUCAACACCCGCAGGUUCUACGUCGUCGGCACGGUCUCCCUCGGCGUCGGGUGCGGAAACACAGAAUUCCCGGUCGUCUACACACGAGUGGGCGCCUACCUCCGUUGGAUCAAGAACAACAUAGAGUGAGAACCUCUCUGACGCAGCGGUGGUUCUUGUUGGCUCUUCUGUUGCUGAACUUAAGCAGAUUUUAGAACCUGGAAUUUGAGGGGGGGGAGGGGCUUCAUAAAUAAAUUUCUUUUCUGAUUAUUCA